AUGCAUAAAGUGGUCGCCCCCAAAUUCUCCUCCAUUCACGGUUUUGCCUGCCGGGCACUUUAUCGCGCACUUCUUCGACAAUGUAACAAGUUACCAAGCACCGCACCCACGCUUGUUGCGGUCACACCGCAUGUUCGCGACAGGUUUCGGAGAUAUAAAAAUCUUCAAAGUCCAUCUCAAACUGCCAACGCCUUGAAGGCUGGGUAUGAGGCCCUCGACUUGCUGCACUCAGCAUCGCAAGGGAAUCAAGGAAAUUCCCAGCUAAUUAGAACAAUACUUGCCGAAUCGCAAUCAAUAAAAGAACAGAAAUCUAAGAUGCAAAUGGUUUUGGAGGAACGGUCUCGCGCUGCAAAGAAAGCAAGGAAGCCGUCAGAGAAGGAAAAGAAGAGGGAAGAAUCCCGGCGUUUCCAGGAAAUGACUGAGAGCCGGCAUCCAGACACCGCUUCUAUACUAUCACGCCCUCGACCUGUUGUAAACGGCCGACGUCAUGUUCCCGUGCUCAUCAACGCCCGCGGAGUUCCGUAUCUACGCAUCAAAAAGCCGCAGCCGAAAAUCCUGAGCGGGAUAAUAAGAACGAAACUAGCAAAGCGAUGGAAACGCAUCGAACGCCGGGAGAGGCUGGAGACCGAGUUGCUUUUUGGCCAAGAUGAGGAUCACUGGGAUCGGUUGACUAUCGGCCAGCAGCCGGAAACGUGGGCCAGCGAAAUUGCGAGUGCUUUGCAAGAGACGAGGGAAGUGAUUCUGAGCAAUGAUACCAAAAACCGAGAACUUGCAGUUGCCAUGUGGAAUGUUGUCCUUGCUGAGCGCAAAUUGGCAGAAGAAGAGAAGCCCAAGUCGGCCGAGACAUGA